UCCAGCCAGUCAGACGCCAGAAGAGCAGAGCCAGAGCGAGCCCCCUCUGCUCUGUAACCACUGAGCUACUCUUGUCCUCCAACAGCUUCUUGGAGGAUUCAGUACAAGCACAGAGGCAGACUCGGAGAAGUGGACCUGGGGGAUCUACUGGCGUGAGCUCAGCAGCUGGUGAACUAAUGGACUAUUAUUCAUAAUUAAAACACACUGACCAACAGGUCUGCAAGUCUUGAAGUGGGCUCUUUCAAGAAAGUUGCUUCCGGGAAGGAUGUACUGGUUCUGAGGAAGCAUGUAGGGGACAGUUCUUUCUUUGACCCUGUCACUGAAUCCUGAGCUGGGGAACAGGGACUCUUUUUCACGGGGUCUGGUGUGUUGAAACUCACCAUCGCAACUCAGUGUGACCAGCGGAAUAUUCUCUGUUUGGAAUAUGAUGACUUAAAAAUGAAAACUUGUGUAAAAUAGGGAUUGUCAGAGAUUCUGUCUCACAUGCCUGCUCAGUGGGACUGUAUUUGGAAGUGCUCCUGAAAACUUGCCAUCCUGUUCAUGUGCUGUUCCCAUUAUUUUGUCCAGCAGCUGCAGUGGAACUGCAGCUUGUGUGCUCAGUGUGUGUAUCAGUGUGGGUUAUUCACAGGACUGCUAUGCAGACUGACUGGAGCCAUGCACAGACAGUUCUACUGUAACCCUGAUUCAGAGGCACAGACCAGGACCGCUCACACAGAAAGAAACAUUUAACAGCUUAGGAAAAGCUCUCUCUGAGGCUUAAUCCAGUGGGACGACUUGUGCGGAAUAGCAGAUGUUACACAGCUUUGUGUUCUAAUGUGGAUUAUUCAGGAUGCUGCUAUGCAGACAGAGUGGAUCCGCAGAAAAACUACUUGUAAAGUUAAAGUAACACUUGGCUGUGCAAGUUCAGUGCAGUUGAACAGCUUGUGUUACACUGUUGGCAGCUGAAGAUCUAGCUAGAAGGUAGGGUGUUUUCGGAAUUUAGAUUUACUGAACUAAACCCAUACUGAUUAAGAGUGUGUACUUGGAGCGUAAUGGAACUGUAAUGCUUCCAGUAAUGACUCCAGCAGGUAAACCUUUAGAGAGGUGACACCACUCAUAUAUACUGUGUGGAAAUUUGUGGAAUUGAAAUAUUUUCUUAGUCUGUACAGUUGAUAAAAACAGUUUCACUUCCAUUUUUGCAGCUUUUGUUGUUGAAGUAAUUUUUUUUUCACAUUAGCUGGUUAUUCAUACUAAUUGUUUAACAAUGAAGAAUCCUCAUCCGCUGAGUAAUACAUGGAAUAGAUCCCUUAACAAAGACCCAGUACUAAUCUCUGUGCCAAGCACUAAUAAGAAGUUCAAGAGGAAGUCCAGGGAGCCUAAAAGACUUUUAAGCAGUCCUGAGCCUGGAAGGAUGCAAACUUACCAAGCGGACAUGUCAGAUGAGGACUCGGUAGAUGACACCCAGAAGGAGGCAUAUAAUGCCGGAAGGUUUGCUCCAUUGCAGAGAGACCUGAUGAGGUCACAGGAGGCGACAGCUAGUACUGCUACAGGGAUUCUGUCAGGACUUUCAGAAGGAAACAUUGCUCCAACACAGAGUGGUGCCAUAGACAUGAGAAUUGGUAUUAACGUGCCAGCCAUCAACUCCAAACUGGUCCAGUUACCUGCCCCUUCAUUCUCUAACCUGGAGAUCUCCCACUGGCCCACAGCCAUCUCACAGCCUCUGUCCAACAGACUCAAACUGGGCCUUCGCUCCACUCUCCCUCUGUCAACGUCAAGCAGGAGCAGCCACAGUCAUUCACCUGACCACAAGACCUUCUCGCUGGAGCCCUCUCUGUCAGGCCAGGCUGCAGCUCUACCUGCACCCAGAACAUCCCAGUCCUCCCAGUGUCACGAACAUGUGGAGCACCGGUCGGAGUCACCUCAGGACUCUCCUAGGAAGCGGGUUGGGGUGAGUAGUGAUGGACCUGGGCGUCUUCCAGAGGUCAAAGCCAUCCAGCAGACCAGGAGGCUUCUGGCCAACGCCAGGGAGAGGACCCGUGUCCACACCAUUAGUGCUGCAUUUGAAGCCCUAAGGAAACAGGUGCCAUGUUACUCCUAUGGGCAGAAGCUAUCCAAGCUGGCUAUAUUACGUAUCGCUUGCAACUACAUCCUGUCUCUGGCUCAGUUGGCUGAGAUGGACUACAGUCCAGACCACAGCAGUCUGAGCUUCUCUCAGUGUGUGGAGCAGUGUACCAGGACCCUGCAGGCCGAGGGCAGAAGCAAGAAGAGAAAGGUUGGAAGGAUAGCAGAGGAUGUGUAAUUUUUUUUGUUUACAAUUACAAGAAUCUCCUUACUGAUACUGACUGCAUCUCAACAUCAUCACACAACCAGACCCAGGCUCAACUCAUCUGCUGUACUGGGUUCAACAAAGAAGUAUGUAAGAGUGCAAGAGCCACUUCCACGGAGAACAACCAUGUUCACUACCUUAACGUGUGACAUGGAAAAGAACAGAACCACAGAAUGUAAAACGCCAAAUGCAAUACAGAUUAACAAAAAACAUGUCUGAUGUUGUUUGCCGCCAUUUUGCCUGUACGACAUGCUUGGAUGGAAAUAGCUAGCUAGUGAUGUUGCUGAUGAUAACUAAUAGUAAACUUCAGUUCUGUCAUUUGGACUAAAUACAAUACCUGUGUGUUAUUUCCCAAUAAGAUAGAGUUGACGGUGUUCAUAUAAAACUAUACUUCAUACACUGAAUCUUUUCAUGUUAAUCUUAUGUUCUUGUAACCAUGUUGUAUAUUACUUUAAGAAAUAUAAGUCAGUGUCUUGGUUCCUGAUACUAAUUUAGAAUCAAUAGUUAAACUGUUGAGUAAAUGGUUUUCAGAGUGAACAUCGGAUUCCCACUAAUUUGACAGCUGGAUUGUUUUUGCAAAUCUUGUCUCCAACAUCGAAAGUACUGAUGUCUAGAUGUCAUUAUCGAAACAUCUUGCCAUUAACUUUGUUUUUCCCCCACAAUCAUCCAUCCAAUAUCAAUGCUGCUUUAUCCUGGAGCCAAUUCCAGCUGACAUUGGCUGAGAGGCGGGGUUUACCCUGGACAGGUCUCCAGCAUAACGCAGGGUCAACACAGAGACGAAUCAUUCACACCUAUGGUCAAUUUAGAGUUUCCAAUUAACCUAAAACCAAUUUGCAUGUCUUUGGUCGGUGGGAGGAAGCCAGAGUACCCACGAUUGCCAUUUCAUUGUUCAUACCAUAAAGUCAUAAAUCCUUGGGAUAGGUGCAUUUUUCUGCCAAAAUUAAAACUUUCAUUUUGCUCACGUUAUUUUUUAUUUUUUGCCAGUUAGAGAAUUUGGAUCCACACGUCUCUCCACUAGCUUCAUAUGCAGGCACCCGUAUUUUAAAUCUUGCUUGGCAUUCAGUCUGAACUCACCUUGAGAGAGUGAAGACUGGAGAUGAGCAAAUUGUGCAACACCACCACCCUCACUUCUUGCCUGUCGGAAGCUAAAAGUAGCUUUCUUUACGCCAGUCAUGGUGUAAACAUACAGCUCGUAAGAAAGGACAAAUUGGCCAUGAAAAUUUCUGAUGCAAAAGUCACUAUGGCAAAAUUUAUGUUGCAACAGAUAUUUCGCUUUUAGGCUCACAGCAUUCAGUUGGUCAGUGAUGAUGAACAUUGUUAGAUGAUGAAUUUACAGGACAUGAAAUAAACAAACAUUUAUAAAAAAUAUUUUGACCAGUGUUUUUAUUUGAAUAUUUUCGAACAGUGAAAUGAAUGAAUAACCUUGUUAUCCGAUCUAAAUGUUCUCUUUACGGUACUCACAUUACAGAAAGACAUUUCUAGCAGAUCUGGGGGUUUGGAGUUCAUUUGUCCAGGCCUUUGAGAUAACAGUAUGUGUCUAAGAUGUCUGCAUCUACCCAAAUGAAAAUGUCAGUUCCAUUGCAUUGCAGUGUCAAAACAAAAAUCUGAAACUAUCGGUACCACUGACCCUUGACUUUAUCACACUGUUAAUCCAGGUGUAAGAUGCUGUGAGGACAGUACACAAUAUGUUCAGGCUUAUUGUGUGUUAAUACAGUGCAGCUAUGAAACCAUACACAUAAGCUGUAAACCUAAACAUAAAGUCAACUGAAGCACAGUGCAGGUAUGUCUGCCUACAGCAGGUAAAACACUAUCUGUGCUAUUGGUGGGAAUAAAUUAUUUGUGUGUGAAUUGAAGAGUAAAUGCAGUGUGUUUACACUGAAUGUGUAAUGUCUGAUGCAUGAUGGAAAUGGUGGAAUAAUAAUAAACCAUCACUUAGUAAGUUGUGUAUUUUGUAUGUAGAACCAUCAUACUUUGUUUGAAGCCAACUGCUGAAAUCAGCAGCCUGUGUGCCCCCACAUUCACUGACAAAUUUAAGGAUGUACUGUAAAUGUCAAAGUUAGAAGUAAAAAUGUGUUUGCACGCUAGUCGGUGAAUGUGAACUGUCGUGUGAAGAGAUUUUAGUGGAUGUCAAGAAUGUCCUGACAUCAACUGUCAAGACUGCAGUGUAUUUGCCAUUUGGCGAAUAAUUUUAAUAUGCAUCAUUCAGAAAAGAGUGGUUUCUUGUAGGCUGCAUCUCUAAAUGUACUUUUAAUACAA